AUGGCCGCCGUCCAACCCCACUCCAAUAUGGACCAUAGUGAGAAGGCCAUCAUCGCUGCCAACAGUGAUGUAGAGAGCUCUCAAAUCUCCACCCCCGCCGACUACGAUGAUCUUCCCGACCCAGACGCGGGCAAGAGUCCCGCGGAGCGUGAGAGGCUGGACAAAGCCCUCGUCCGGAAGAUGGACAUGUGGUUAAUUCCAUGGUUGUCGCUUCUGUACCUGCUCUCUUUCUUGGACCGCACCAAUAUCGGAAAUGCUCGUGUUGCGCACAUGGAGAAGGACCUGAAAAUGUCAUCUCGUGACUACUCGAAUGCCUUGACCAUCUUUUUCAUCUCCUACGCUGGUUUCGAGCCACUCACCAACAUUGCCAUCAAGAAAUGGUCGCCCCGCGUCUUCUUCACCCUCAUCAUCCUGGCCUGGGGUAUCAUCAUGACGCUCAUGGGUCUUGUCAAAAACAAUGCCGGUUUGCUUGCAUGCCGCUGGUUCCUCGGCAUGGCUGAGGCUGGUCUGUUCCCGGGUGUCAACUACUACCUUUCUUGCUGGUAUAAGCGCCAGGAACUUGGUUUCCGUGCCGCUCUCUUCUUCUCUGCUGCCGCUCUUGCCGGUUCCUUUGGAGGUCUUUUAGCUGCUGCAAUCACCCAAAUGGACGGUGUUGGCGGCUACGAGGGAUGGCGUUGGAUCUUCAUCAUUGAGGGCAUCAUGACCGUAGGUGUCGGCGUCUUCUGUUGGUGGAUGGUGUUCGACUUCCCUGACACAGCCCGCUUCCUCAACGCUGAUGAGAAGCUGCGAGCUCAGCGCCGUCUGAAGCUGGACGGACAGGCCCGUGCCAAGGUUGGAGGCAUUGACCGCGCGCACGUUAUGGCUGCGCUCAGGGAUUGGAAGACUUGGGGCUACGCCGUCAUCUACAUGGGCUGCCUGUGCCCCCUCUACUGCUUCUCUCUCUUCCUGCCGACCAUCCUUCUCGGUAUGGGUUACAAGGGUACCAAGGCCCAGCUCUUGUCUGUUCCGCCUUACGCCGUUGCCGCCACGAUGACGGUCAUUACGGGAUGGGUCGCCGACAAGACCAAGUGGCGUGGAUACUGCAACAUGGUUGUGUCCUUGACUGGAUGCAUUGGUUUCGCCAUGUUGCUCGCCACGUCCAACGUGCACGUCCAGUACGCCGGUACCUUCCUAGGCGCCGUAGGCAUCUACCCCACCGUCUCCAACACGCUGACUUGGGCGUCGAACAAUGUCGAAGGAUCGUUGAAGCGAGGUGUCAUGGUCGGUGUCGUCGUCGGCUGGGGUAACUUGAACGGUGUUGUCUCGUCCAACAUCUACAUUGCCAAGGAGAAGCCACGCUACUACACUGGCCACGGCAUCGUUCUCGCUUACAUGUUCUUGUUCCUAUUCGGUGGCUCCGUCUUCAUGCAUUUUGCGCUCAAGCGCGAGAAUAAGCUGAGGAAGGCGGGCAAGCGCGAUCACUGGCUCCACGGCAAGACAGAGGAUGAGAUUGUCGAACUCGGCGAUGUACGACCAGACUUCUACUACACCACCUAA